GCAAGUGAGAAUUGCAAGAAAGCAUUUUUUCCAUAGCAUACUUGGUUUUAGAAGGACCAGGAUACCAUUAUGAAUAAAGAAUAAUAACAAUAAAUCAUUUGCUAUGCUAUUCUAUAAAUUUACUAAUACUAAAGCCAGAAGAAAAUAAAAAAAUAUCAAAUACAGAAUAGAUGCAGUACAACUUUAUGAAGUCAGUACUUAGAUUCACAAUUUUAUAAAAGCAAAGUCCAACAAUUUCAGAUGGAAGUUCAACAAAGACUAAUUCGAUUGUUUCUAAUGACCCCAUGUGAAAGGCAAUCCCAAGCACCUGGUAAAAGCUAGGUCCUUCUUUUUAUAGUAAUUUUCCAUCAAAAUCUCCCUCGGACUAUACUAUAGUAUUUGAUGAAAUCUGCUAUACUAAAGCACCUAUAUAAUUGAGUAAGCACUCAAACUCAGGAGAGAAAGGUUAAUUUAAUGAUUUAGCUUGCUGGAUGUUUGUUAUGAAGGAAGACGAAACGUAUGAAGGGGAGUGGAUCCUCUUCAGUGAAAAAAACUGGAUGGUAUCCAGUGCUUAAUCUAACCAUUCAUUACUCUCUCUUAUUUAUUUUUGGUCCCGUUUAUAGAAUCAAAGAUGAGAAAUCACACUGGAUCUUGUCAAGUAUUAAAAAAACUGGAGAGGAUUCAUUUCCGAAAACAUAUGUACAUUCAAACGGUAUGGUUAACUGUUUGUGGCAAGUGGCAACUACAUUAAAACUGGACAUGUAAUGUGUAAAGCAGCAUGCAACAAUAUCUUACAACGUUGUUUUCGGGCUUAGUCCAGUAAAAUCCUUGAAUACUGAAUAGUAAUCACAAUCAAGUUUGACGACACGAGCACAAGUAUCAUUUCUCAUAUAGCAUCAUUGAAAUCAAAAGGAAGCUAAUAAUUUGCAAAAAUACAAACAAUCACGAUGAUGAAGAAAUCAUCCUUAUUAUAAGUUAAUAACCCAUGAUAAUUUGGAAGUAUAUAUGAAGCAGCCAACGAGAUACUCGGUUGGAGACUCCAGCUUGGUGUGCAAAUUAAACAAGAGUGGAGAAGUUGCGAUUGAUCAGCAAGGAUCUAAAGCAGGGUGCAUGCUAGCUGAAUAUGCAAAUGAGAGGCAAGCUAUAGUUGAAAACUAACCACACAAUAAACACAAGUUGAUUGUUCGAAUGUAUAUUUUGAACAUGUAGAGAUGUGGAUUGGACAGGAAAGUUGGCCCAACACUCAAACCCAAUACAAAAAAAAAAUGCAUAAUAUUGAAAGUUUAAAAAACUAUAAAAUCACGCGCUUUGUUCAGUUUCAUCAACUUAGAAUAUAUAGUUUGACUUCACUCAAGUUCUUAGAAAAUAUAGUUUAUGACAUCAUUCACAAGGUACUCAAAUAAUACAUAGAAAAUGAAGGUAAACGAUUGCCACUUAUUAUAAUCGGGCCAUUCAAGGGUUGAGUCCAGUUUUUUUCCGUCCCAACAUUUGGUAUUAAGAUCCUCGGUUCUGAAAAGAAAAUCAAGGAAGGUUUUCAAACAUGGCAAAUAUUAGGGAGUUGCAUGCUGCUGCUUGGUUAGGAGAAAUAGACACUAUCUACAAAGUUAUUGAGCAGGAUCCACGCAUUUUGGAGGAAGUUGAUGCAGUACCGUUUGUCAACACUCCUUUGCACACUGCUGCAUCUGCAGGCAAAGUCGCUUAAAUCUCCAAUUUUACUAUUUAAAUCAUAUUACAAUUUUAGACCUUUAAUAUAUACUCUCUUAAUAAUUUUGUGUAAAAUAUGAUUUUUACUCUCUUUUACAGGACAUCUAGAGUUUUCCAUAGAGAUUAUGAGAUUGAAGCCUUCAUUUGGUGGUUUUAGUCCAAUCCACCUUGCAUUAAAAAACAAUCAACACAAUCUGGUGCGUCGCCUUGUAGAAAUCAACAAAGAUCUCGUUCGUGUUAAAGGAAGAGGAGGCGUCACUCCUUUGCAUUUUCUAUGUCAAUCUGGUGAUGAUAAUGAAAACAUCACACUUUUAAUUGACUUGCUUGAAGCAUGCCCUGAUUCUAUUGAAGAUGUGAAUAUGAAAAAUGAGACUGCACUCCAUAUUUCGCUCAUAAAUGGAAACUUGAGAGCCUUUCAAAUUCUGGUUGGCUGGGUCAGGAGCAUUGUCCGUGAGGAUGCUUAUUCUUUAGAGCGCUCUAUUUUAAACUGGAAGGAUUCAGAUGGCAAUACCAUUUUGCACAUAGCAACACUCAAUGCUAACCAACAGGCUGUUGAUUUAUUGAUGAAAAGAGUGAAGAUAAAUGCCAAGAAUUUGGAGAAUCGAACAGCAUUAGACUUAGCAGAAGCUCUUGCUUUACCAACGAUUAUAAAAACAUUAUUGAAGGCUAAAGCAAAACGGGGUGUAUCAAUUGAUGAUGAUUCCAAUCGUGAAAACAAAUUAAAAUUUAACUCAACUCUGACACUUUUGUUCAUACUAAUGAAUCACACUAGAAUGCAAGUAAGUGAACAACAACGCAACGCUGUCAUGGUAGUUGCUACUUUCGUCGUGACCGCACUUUAUCAUACAGUUCUAAAUCCCCCAGGUGGACUCACUUAGGGUGGUAGCAACAAUGGUCCAAAUAGUAAUAAUCUUGUAAACGCUACUUCAUCCCUCAAUUUUACUGCAGUAGGAAAAUCUGUCUUGUCAAGCAAUGUUUUCGGUUCUAUUACAUCAUUGAACUUUCUCACCCUUUGCUUCGGGGCUACCAUGAUUUCUGGGUUGAUGCCAACUACAAAAUUAUCCAUUUUUGUAUUAAUCCCACUUGGGUUGUUUCUUGUAAGUUAUCUAGUAUCUGCGACACUCAUAUCGCCGUUAGAUUAUUAGGAAAAUAUUUCGGUAUGAUUGAAGGUGCUUGCUGUGGUGUUCUUGUACUCUCUUUCUUUUGGUUUCCUGUGUGUGACCUCCUGUUUUCGGCGUUCAUGUGAUAUCCCUACCUAGACUUUUUUUAGUUGUUCUUCCAGAUGUGGUUGAAUUAAUAAUCAAACUAGUUUUUGAAAUUACAAUUGUAUCUCAUUUUAAUUUUUAAAACUUUGAUUUAUUUAAUUUGGUCUUUCAAUUUAUAACUUUGUUUUUUGAGAAAAAAGUUAGCAAUACCUCACUUCUAAAGAGAAUCAAAUUACAAUUAUGAACAAAAAUACUUCUCAAAUAGUGUAUCAAAUAUAUAUAAUUUGGAAAACAAUUUGAUCUCAAGCACAUUUUCAUUUGGAAAAUAAUUAAAGUUCAGUGAUAACCUGAGUUAAACUUGCACCCUUUGGGGUGAAGGUCAUCUGUGCUUUAUGAUUCAGGCUUGUCGCAUGAGAAACAUCAUUACUAGUCUCCCCUUGUAUCCAUGGCAAGCUAACCCCAUCUUUUAAACCAGGAAUCUAGGUAUUAUUGGUGGGU